AUGCGGCAUUCCAAACGAACUCACUGUCCUGAUUGGGAUAGCAGAGAAAGCUGGGGCCAUGAAAGCUACAGUGGAAGCCACAAGCGGAAGAGGAGAUCGCACAGUAGUACACAAGAGAACAGGCAUUGUAAACCACAUCAUCAGUUUAAAGAUUCUGAUUGUCACUAUUUAGAAGCAAGAUGCUUGAAUGGAAGAGAUUAUCGGGACCGGAGAUACAUUGAUGAGUACAGAAAUGACUACUGCGAAGGAUAUGUUCCAAGACAUUACCAUAGAGACAUUGAAAGCAGUUACCGGAUCCACUGCAGUAAAUCCUCAGUCCGAAGCAGGAGGAGCAGCCCUAAAAGGAAGCGUAAUAGACACUGUGCAAGUCAUCAGUCACAUUCGAAGAGCCACCGAAGGAAAAGAUCCAGGAGUAUAGAGGAUGAUGAGGAGGGUCACCUGAUCUGUCAAAGUGGAGACGUUCUAAGAGCAAGAUAUGAAAUCGUGGACACUUUAGGUGAAGGGGCCUUUGGCAAAGUUGUAGAGUGCAUUGACCAUGGCAUGGAUGGCUUACAUGUAGCAGUGAAAAUUGUGAAAAAUGUAGGCCGUUACCGGGAGGCAGCUCGAUCUGAAAUCCAAGUACUGGAGCACUUGAACAGUACAGACCCCAACAGUGUCUUCCGAUGUGUCCAGAUGCUAGAAUGGUUUGAUCAUCAUGGUCAUGUUUGUAUUGUGUUUGAGCUGCUGGGACUUAGUACCUAUGAUUUUAUUAAAGAAAAUAGCUUUCUGCCAUUUCAAAUUGAUCACAUAAGACAAAUGGCUUAUCAGAUCUGCCAGUCUAUAAAUUUUUUACAUCAUAAUAAAUUAACUCAUACGGAUCUAAAACCUGAAAAUAUUUUAUUUGUGAAGUCUGACUAUGUAGUCAAGUACAAUUCUAAAAUGAAACGAGAUGAGCGCACAUUGAAAAACACAGAUAUCAAAGUUGUUGACUUUGGAAGUGCAACAUAUGAUGAUGAACAUCAUAGUACAUUGGUGUCCACACGGCACUACAGAGCUCCAGAGGUCAUUUUGGCUUUAGGUUGGUCUCAGCCUUGUGAUGUUUGGAGCAUAGGCUGCAUUCUGAUUGAGUAUUACCUUGGGUUCACAGUCUUCCAGACUCAUGAUAGUAAGGAGCACCUGGCAAUGAUGGAGCGGAUAUUAGGACCCAUCCCAGCACACAUGAUCCAAAAGACAAGGAAACGGAAGUAUUUCCACCAUAAUCAGCUAGAUUGGGAUGAGCAUAGUUCAGCUGGGAGAUAUGUCAGGAGACGCUGCAAGCCAUUAAAGGAAUUUAUGCUGUGUCACGAUGAGGAACAUGAAAAGCUAUUUGACUUGGUUCGAAGAAUGUUGGAGUAUGACCCAGCGAAAAGGAUUACCUUGGAUGAAGCAUUGCAGCACCCUUUCUUUGACUUAUUAAAAAGGAAAUGAAUGGGAAUCAGUGGUCUUCCUAUAUACUUCUCUAGAAGCAAUUACUUUAAGACUGUGUCAGUCAACUAAACAUUCUAAUAUUUUUGUAAACAUUAAAUUAUUUUGUACAGUUAAGUGUAAAUACUGUAUGUUUUGUAUCAAUAGCAUAAACUACCUUGUUAAGUAUGGUGUUGAUAAUGAAUGCAAUAUGAGUUAAAAUGAAUUUUCCCUUUUGAUGUUAAUUGCCAUUUUUAAAGGCCUUUGGAAUACCCUUUGUGUCCAGUGAUUAAUGUGAUUGGUCUUGUCUUUUGUACAUGAAGGUUGACUCUGAAGUGAUUCUUUUUUUUCCCUUGAGUAAAAGGAAAUCUUGACCA